AUGGCGGCCACCAGAGUAAUAGCGUCGGCCGGCAACGCCGUCACCGGCGCCCUGCUCGCGAGAUCUCCGCUGAGGGGAAAGCCCCAGAUACUCAGCUUCAGCCUCAAUAGCAACCACAGGUCGUUGACGCAAAAGAGGCGGCUGUUAAGUUGCAGAGCUAUUUACAAUCCCCAAAUUCAGAUUCAAGAAGAGGGCCAGCCCGAAACCCUAGACUACCGCGUGUUCUUCCUCGAUAAUGCCGGAAAGAAGAUUUCCCCGUGGCAUGAUGUACCGUUGAAGGUGGGAGAUGGUGCAUUCAAUUUUAUUGUUGAGAUUCCAAAAGAAUCAAGUGCAAAGAUGGAGGUUGCCACAGAUGAGGUUUUUACUCCUAUUAAGCAAGAUACAAAGAAGGGAAAACUCCGAUACUACCCCUACAACAUAAACUGGAACUAUGGAUUGCUUCCACAAACUUGGGAGGACCCGUCAUUUGCAAAUGCCGAAGUCGAUGGGGCAUUUGGGGACAAUGAUCCAGUUGAUGUCGUUGAGAUUGGGGAAAACCGAGCUAAAAUCGGGCAAGUUUUGAGAGUGAAGCCCCUGGCUGCUUUGGCUAUGAUUGACGAAGGGGAGCUUGACUGGAAAAUUAUCGCGAUUUCAUUGGAUGACCCUAGAGCUUCCCUUGUUAAUGACGUGGAUGAUGUCGAUAAGCAUUUUCCGGGUACUCUGACUGCAAUCAGGGACUGGUUUAGAGACUACAAGAUUCCUGAUGGGAAACCGGCUAACAACUUCUACGCUGAAAUAUUUUGA